AUUGAAGAAUUGGGUAGGGAACCGACACCGAAAGAAUGUUUCAUCCGCACUCAUGGGAAGAAGGAUGGCACUCUCGAGGGAACAAUUUGAUAAAGCCCUUGCAGAUAAGCGUGAUCAAGGGGAAGAUGAAAAUUCUAUCAACCAAAAUGAAUUGUGGGACCGCAUUGCUGUCGGAAGUCGUAAUAGAGUGUUGGGAAAGGGUAAUAUAAGUAGGAAAAUGUCUUCAAUCAAUUACAAGCCACGUUCAGGGCCUUCUCAAUCAAGUGGACAACUAUAUGACCAAAUUAAGGAGUUACAGGCAGAGCUUGCUAAAAAACCCAAGCUAAGCAUAAUGCAAUGCUUGCCGAGCAUGAUACGAUCACUUAGGUUAAAGGGCAUUGACCUCUCCGAUAUGCAUGUUGCUACUCUCACGCGAUCUAUCCCUAGAGCACCAACAGUGGAGGCACAAUCGCAUGUUGAUGAGCACUCUCCAAUGAGAAAAAGGCCUCGCACCACACUCGUUGCCGACAACACUCUUGAUGGCCUGAAUGAUGAAGAGGAUAUAUGUUAA